CGAUGAUAUUCCACACUCCAAAAUCCGAAUUAAAUAUUUCAGACAUAAGUAAAAAAAUUAAAAAUUAAAAAAUUGUUAUGAAUUUGAGAGUAGUUCGGUCAGGAUGUUCGGGGGUACCGAUCAUUUUUAGAAUAUUUGUUUUAUAAAAAAGAACAAAAUUGUUCGUUUGUUUGUUCCAGGCAGAGGGGUAAAAGCGGUAUACGGUGUUCAAAUACAAUAUCUGGUAGUCUUUGAUGCGUUUAAAGCCACAUCUUCUCCGGUGACCAAUCCAAACAUGGUCGUCGUCGGUGGUUCCCGUUUCUCCGAUCAAAUGUUCGGGGUUUCGUCAAGACUUUCCAUUCUCUUAAACGGUCCAAUCUCUCAUAUCCAUCACAGACCGUCUACUCUCCUCUGCGUAACUCACCGCCACUCUCUUAGUUGUCCACUGUCUCCCCUCUCCACCGUCCCUCGCCACCUCCUCCUCCCCUAUCGCGCUAACUCACUGUUUCCGAUCAAAUCCUCUCAACAAUUUUACACUCAAUCCACUCUGCAAGAGAAAAAUCAUGUUCCCGCCGACGCCUAUCUCGUUUCACCGUCCCACCCGUGGCCGGAAUGGUCACUCCUUCUCGAAUCUAUAUCCAUGUCCGGUGCUUUCGACCUAAAUAGGAAUAUUAAGGAGGAAUUUGUGCCAAAUGAGAGCUUAUCAAUGGAGUUUCUGGAUGCUGCGUGUUCCUGUUUGCGUUUUGCACAUGAUAGGCCUGAAAUAUUAGGGUGCCUUCCGAAGGAUGAUAUCCAGGUGCUAAUAGACGAAGGGACUCCAUUCCUUUUCAAAAGUUCCCUUGAAACUGAGAGAAAAAUGAGAUCUUUCUUACAGGGGGACGAAUCAAAUGAAGCAACAACUGUGGACUUGAUGAAGUACAUAUUGAGUUAUGCAAGCAAUCCUAUUAUAUAUCCUGAAAGAAACAUUAGAGAGGCUACUGAAUCAUCUGCCCGAAAUUUGUUGAGAGAGAUGGCUAAGUUUAACAGUAGCGGGGCAGCUUUGAGCCUGCCCACUGUGGAGAAAUUUAAUGAAAUUGGACCAACAAUGAAGAGAGGUGAAUGGCUAUGCUCAAAAUGUAAUUUUUUCAAUCAUGGUAGGAAUGUGGUGUGCUUAAAAUGCGAAUGCAGUCGAUCAGGUGAACCCAAUGGGCAGAUGAAAACAUCCGGACAAGAUGCCAAAAAAGUUCCAAACGGAGCCAAAUCUGGUUACGCCCCAUUUGUCCCAUUACCAGCCGAUAUGUUUGCUAAAAAGCCUGAUGAAGAAAAAAAACCGGCAUCGAACAUUAAAAGUCAAAUUAAAGAUACGGUUGAAGAAGAGAAAUCAGAGAAAUGGUUCAGUAAGGUGGCGGAGUUGCAUGAUGCCACGGACUUGCCGAGUGUUAUCUCAGAUGAAGACUUUCCCGAGAUUAUGCCACUCCGUAAAGGAGAAAACCGGUUUGUGGUUAGCAAGAAAAAAGAUCGAUCAUUAACUUCCCCUAAAUAUAAACAAGAAUCCAUGGAGAAAGGAAGCGGCACCAACUUCGUUCCGUUUGUUCCAUUUCCACCCGAUUAUUUUUCCAAGAAAGAUGACAGCAAGGAGGUGACGGAAAACACAAUUCCAACGGAUGAAGCUCCUGACACGAAUCUUGUGCGAGAACCCCUCCGGAAUCAAGAAAAUGAAGAGGUUAGAAACGGGUGGAAUGGAAAGAGCUUGGAGGGGUCGGCGGUGAAGGAAACGGAUCCUUUGGACAUGUCGGAAGAGGCGAAAGCGGAAAGAUGGUUCCGACGUGUUGCACAGAUUAAAGAUAUAUCGGAAUUGAGUCAAAUUCCGGAUGAAGACUUUCCAGAGAUUAUGCCGAUGCGGAAAGGGGUGAAUCGUUUUGUUGUGAGUAAGAGGAAAACACCAUUAGAAAGGAGGUUAACGAAUCCCCCUCCCCGACUACACAAGGAUAACAAUGGCAGGGGGCGGGCGGGUCUCAAUUGGAUGCAACACCCAACAAACCACGUAUUCGGGGAGUAGGAGGGAGACAGUGUUGGGUUGUUUAAUCGGUGACCAAGUCAUCUCGUGAUUCUCAAAAUCAGAUUGUUUAGAUCAAAGAUAAUAAAAAACGCCACAAUAAUCAAGCUUAUAUGCACAUUCAAACACCCUUGAACAUGACGAUAAGAACAAUUAGUCGAUUCAUUAGAUUAUGAACAUGAGGUUUUUGUCGAGAGCAAAGCAUAUCUGAUCUUCAGUCAUGAGAUUAGAAAAAAAAAACGAC